AUGGCGGUGGUCGUCCCUUCGUUUGAAUUCACCAUGUCUCUUCCCAAGGUUUACUUCGAUAUCACCAUUGGCGGCAGCCCUGCCGGACGCAUCGUCAUGGAGCUUCGCAGCGACGUUGUCCCCAAGACCGCUGAGAACUUUCGGGCUCUGUGCACUGGGGAGAAGGGAUUUGGAUUUUCUGGCUCCUCUUUCCACCGUGUCAUCCCUGGGUUCAUGUGUCAGGGAGGAGAUUUCACCAACCACAAUGGUACUGGAGGAAAGUCCAUCUACGGAAACAAGUUUGCUGAUGAAAACUUCCAGCUCAAGCACACUGGUGCCGGUAUUUUGAGUAUGGCCAAUGCCGGACCCAACACCAACGGAAGUCAAUUCUUCCUUUGCACUGCCGAAACUGGCUGGCUUGAUGGAAAGCACGUUGUCUUUGGAAAGGUUGUUGAGGGCUUGGACGUCGUCAAGGCCGUUGAGGGUGUUGGAUCCCAAUCUGGUGCUACCCGAUCCAAGGUCAUGAUUUCUGCCAGUGGACAGCUCUAA